CACUUGCUCUGCAAAACACACCAGCUGUCGCCUGCUGAUGAUGUAAAUAAGACUAAAACAUGUCGUGUGGAACAGCUGCCCGUGGGGGUUUAAUUAAUCAAUAGCAAAUACAUUAAGGUAAUACACGAAACUACAAGUUUCUUUUUCAGAAUUAGAUUUGUGCUUAAUUUAACGUAGUCUAGCUUUGUAUACCCGAGCGUCAGAAAACUUUUGUCAACGAACAGUUGAGGGUGCAUGCUUGUUAAACUUCCAGAUUUGUGCAAGAUACACAUUGAUUACUGUUGACCAAAACGCUUCGAAUAUGGCAGCUCCUCAGACGGAAGUAACAAAAACAGAGUUUGGCGUUGUACCAGGGCAAGGAAGCGUGGAUAAAUUUCAAUUAAAAUCCCAGGACGUGACACUGGAAGUUAUAUCUCUGGGUUGCAUUAUUACAUCUUUGAAGACGAAAAAUAAAAGAGGGGAAUUUGAUGACAUCGUUCUGGGUUUCGAUAAUCUGGAAGGAUACUUGUCCAAUCCUGCGUGCUUUGGAGCUGUUGUGGGUCGGGUAGCCAAUAGGAUUGCCAAAGGAAAAUUCACUGUUGAUGGAAAGGAUUAUCAGCUGGCCAUUAAUAAUGGGCCCAACUCUCUGCAUGGAGGACUGAAAGGCUUCAACAAGGCCAUCUGGACUUCCGAAGUCCUUCUGAGCGGCGUGCGGUUCUGCCUGACCAGUCCAGAUGGCGAUGAGGGCUACCCUGGGGAGCUGAGAGCUUCAGUGACCUAUGUCCUGGAAGGGGAAGUGCUGUCCAUUCAUUACAAGGCGGAGACCAGCAAGACCACCCCCGUCAACCUGACCAACCAUUCCUACUUUAACCUGGCAGGCCACGGCACGCCCGAUAUCUACGACCACGAAGUCUCCAUCACAGCAGACGCCUACCUGCCUGUGGAUGACACAAUGAUCCCCACAGGGGAGAUCGCUCCAGUACAGGACUCACUCUUUGACCUCAGGAAACCAGUGCUGAUUGGACAGCGUCUGAAGGAGCUGGCUGACCCCGGCUUUGACCACAACUUCUGCUUGUCGUCUCCUGGGGAUCCAUGGUUGGUGCGUCCUUGCGCAAGGGUGACCCACCCCGGGAGCGGGCGCGUGCUGGACGUACACACCUCGCAGCCCGGAGUGCAGCUCUACACCGCCAAUUUCCUGGACGGCUCUCUGAGGGGCAAGGCGGCGGCGGCGUACCCCAGACACUCGGCCUUCUGCCUGGAGACUCAGAACUGGCCGGACGCCGUCAACCAGCCCCAUUUCCCCGAUGCCCUGCUGAGGCCCGGAGAGGAGUACAGUCACACCACACUCUUCAGGUUCUCCGUUGGCUGAAGACUGCACUGGAAGAGUGCCCGCGGGCGGGGAGGGGCACUCCGGCUCGAGUCUGCAGCGCACUUAGCGACCAUAAUGGAAACAUCUGCCGUUUUUAAUCCAGCUAGCCAACAAAAGCUGCACAUAGAACAGGUACCAUUAAUGCAAGUGAUUUUUUUCAAUUGAUUUUUUUAAAUUCACAAUUAUUUUACAGUAUGCACACUAAAAGGGGUUGAAGAGGUUUCGGGGGGAAAACAAGUCUGCUGGGGCAUAUGAUGAGACCAGAAAGCAGACGCACUGACUGAAUGUUGAUAUGGAGCUUACUAGCUUUCUGAAAGUUUCAUGUACUUUCAGCUAUUUCUUGACAGGAGUGCUUUUAAAGGGAAGUGAGAAUGUUUUUUUCACUUCCCACUACAUGAGCAUUGUCUAGGACAGUGAUUCUUAUACCCAAAGUGUCUUAUUUCAGUGGUGUCUUAUUAGUGUCAUUUCAUGCACUAGGGAAUUUAAAUUAAUGAGGAUAUUAAAAGUAAUAGAACAGUCAGAAAUUGUCUGGUGGUUCCUAAAAAUUAAGGCACCACAAUGUGCUCUCUGCUUGUAUUUUUAUGAAUAGCUAUAUUGGUCCCUGUCUCUUCUCUACCCAUUAAACUCAGUCGUCUAGACUUGAAUGCUGAGCUUUU